AUGUCCGCAAUAAUCCAAAGCGAGAUGCCAGAAACAUCCCACACCGAGGUGCCAGAAACAACACCGAAGGAGCUGUCCGAGCACACGUACAAAUCCGAGAUGCCAGAAACAUCCCACACCGAGGUGCCAGAAACAACACCAGAGGAGCUGUCCGAGCACACGUACAGAUUCGACAUUGGCAUGAGCUGCAGUGGCUGCUCCGGCGCCGUAAACCGUGUCCUAGGAAAACUCUCUGGCGUCAAGAGCUACGACGUAAACCUCGGGGAUGAAAAGGCGCUCGUAACAGCUGAGCCAAACCUCGACUACGAUACGGUGUACGAGAAGAUCAAGAAGACGGGCAAGACGGUUUACUGGGGGAAGGCGGAUGGGGUUCUGACGGUAUACAAGGAGCGGACUCCUAAGCCUGCUGCGGCGAAGAUUGAGAGCGAGAAAGAGCCUGAACUUAUUAUUCCUGCGGCGAAGAUUGAGAGCGAGAAAGAGCCUGAAAUUAUUGUUCCUGCGGCAAAGAUUGAGAGCGAGAAAGAGCCUGAAAUUAUUGUUCCUGCGGCGAAGAUUGGAAGUGAGAAAGAGCAUGAAAUUAUUGCUGCUGCUUGA